AAAAGAAUGCUGAAUGAAGUGACAAGUGUUCCAAAUGUUAUAUUGAAUUCAUUUUGCGUAAUUUAGACCAAAUUAUUAGUAAUAUCAUCCAUAAAAUUUCUAAAUAUGAGUUCUUCUAUACGAAAAAAUAAUUUAUAGUGAUAAGUUUGAAGUGUUAACGCAUUAAAACGCGCGUGUUUUAUAAAAAAUACAUGUUGUUAAAGUUCAAUUUCGCGCGUACGCUAACAUCCAAAAUGGCAGGAAGGGAAACAAUUCGCAGAUGUGAAAAAAUCAUUUUGUAAGUUUUGUGAAGUGCAGUGUGGGUAGACGAUGAAUUGAGCGCGGAAAUGUGGACAUAGCAUUUAAAAUGGGCUCUCAAACACUAGAGAUACUGCGGCAGGGUGUUUGGGCGUCUUUAACUGGCGGAUGGUUUUACGAUCCCCAUCAAAAUUUAUUUUGCAACACAGUACACCUGUAUAUUUGGCUGUUCCUACUAUGUUUGCCGUUUUCUGUGUACCUGUACUUCCCACCAGCGAGCAUAGGCUGGAUAAUCUACUGCGUGCUGGUGGCGGUGGUGUUCACCUGUCUGAAGCUACUGAACCACGGCCUUCACCACAUGUACGAUACCAGCGAAUGCAUCAUCGUGCAGCCCACCGGUGACGGCACCACUUCCAAUGAUAAUAACCCACCUGAUGAAGGCAUGGAGAUGACGACGUUGAGACUGGGCGGGGCCGCCGCCACCGGCAGCGACAACGAGUCCGUUACCUCGCUCGAGUACCACAAGCCCAAUAACAGCACCAUAGAUUUAAAAGUAGAUGUUCACCGUAAAAAUAGCUCGGAAUCGAGUAUAGAAGACAGUGCGUUGUCUGCCAAGCAGACUGAAGUAGUUGCCACGACGAAAUCCGAUUUAUGUGUGGCGCAAACCACAGAAAUGCCGGGCCCUUCCAAAUCCCGUCCAACUACCAGGAGUAGAUCCAAAUCGGGCCAUAGGCGGGAGCACAGAACCUCCAAACGAAGAACACACGGUACUAGGAUAGACGAGCUGAUCGGUGAAGCUUCCAGAAACCCAAGAGUAGAUAAUAAUUUACCCGUACACAUAUUAGUAGACGAAGGUCCGUUUGCGAAAGUGAGUAGGCGGUAUCACGAGUGCCCUCAUAGAAGAGGAUCUAGUAACAGGGACUUUUUCAAAGAGUGGUUGUAUCUAGAUGGAAAUGAAGCGGCCGGAGAGCCAUAUCAAUCGAAGUUUGCACGUCAGCUCAGUUCAGAUUCAAGAGAUAAUUCUGAACCAAGUGUCGGACCGCCAUCGCCUAAAAAGCGAACGGCGCAUAGACGUCGAUACACCAACUAUCCAGACGAGAGUUGCACCAAAUCCGCCAUGGCUUUAGCGACCGCCCAGUCUUCCAAUAUGAGAAGAAAUUCAAAUUCCACAAUGUCUACGAUACAACUGCCACUGUUAAACUCAACAGCACAACUAGUUUCUCACAUGCGGAGGCACUCAAACAACGCGGAUACAGGGUUUUUGCUGUGUCGAAUUAGGAAGUACAUGAUGGUCAAAACUGAAGCGCCGGCCGGAGAUGUUGAGAAAAACAAAGGGAAAAGUCCAGGAGUUAGAAGGAUAAAGAGUGCUGCGCUGGAAAUCGGAUGUCCUCCGCCAAGCGUGUCGAAUUUAUCUCCCCAUCCGAAUAGUGCUGAAACCAUUGGAGGUCAAAUGUUGAAAAAUCCGAAAAGUGCUGUCAUUCCUCCUCCUAGCAAGAGUCUCACCCGCGGUCCACACUUAAACCUUUAUCCCAAAAAUGAAAACGGUGAAGGCUGUAGCUACCCUUACUUAACGUACGGGUCUGAGAUAGUAUAUCCAAUAGCUGAGAUUUCAGACGAAAUGCAAACAUCCCAGAAAGAAACAGAUUUAGAUUCCAGCGGGGAAAGUUACAGCGACUACGAUGAUGAAAAACAAUUCCGUGGCUUCGAUUGGGACGCUGAGCAGUCGCCAGCAAUGCGAUCCAGCGAUUCAGAUUAUGAGAACAACGGCUCCAGAUCACCGUUACUUGAUAGACCAUCAGACAUUAGAAUAGUGCGAACCAAAAACCACGGAGAUAGCAGAAAACAUUGCUGUGAUCGACAUUCUAGUUCCAAACACAACCCAGAAUGUCCAAGUGACAAAUGUAAACAGGUAAGACUGAAAAAAAUUAAACACGAGACUCAAUUUGAUAAGCGCUCGGAACGACAGCUAGCGUCUUGUGAGUGUAAAAAUAAUAGUGGUGAUUAUUUUGAUAAAGCAAGCGCUAGUUCGAAAGAUUUGCUUAUAGAGAAAUCUAGUUUAGAAUCAAAUGAAAAUCCAGAUCAAGAUAAAAGGCCGGAGGAAAGAAAAGUGGUAGAAAAGAAACUCUGGGACCAUGAUAUAUCUAAUUCUAGCAGUAGUAGUGAUACAGAUCCGCCGCCCGAGGAAAGCAAAGAGAAGAACAACGCUCCUGAGACUGAAGAGUCGCAGCUUACUUGUGACAGUAAGAGCGCGGAUGAGAGGAGCGUAUACAGUCUCGAUUGGCUUUUCGAGGGCCCUCCACCGAAACGAAGCUGUUGUCAAGAAAGUACGUCUUAACCUGAUGUGGGGCUUUGUCAAAAACUAGCGUCUGCUCUAGGAGAAUCGUCUUCAAAUGUUCCAAAAAUCCUAGGGGCCAUACCGAAGCAAAUCAAUAACUUGGCACGUUAGCGAGCUUCUUCACAGUAGGAAAAAAAGAAAAAAGAUUCCAAAAAGAGAAAAAUGAAAAUCAAAAUGAAGAAAAAAAUACUCAGGGAUGCUGUAGAAGCUCAGGCUGCUUUAGUGCAAGGAUUAGAAUAUCUGUUCGCGACUACGAAAGCAAAUACAGUUGUGAUGCCUGAACCUAGUAGAGACGAAAGACCGAGAAGCCACAGACAAAGCUUACGAGGCGAUAGGGAAAAUGUUCACAAAACCAGAAAACGUUCGAUCGAAGAAGUGGCACAAACGUCAACUAACACUUUGCUUCCGGCGACAAUGCCUCUGCUAGCUGCUUUUCUGAGUUCAAGAUCAGACUUUGGGCCUUGCUGUAUGUCGUCAUAUGUCCAAGGCGCUGAGAACGCGUCACCGGAGCAAGGACAGGCGAGCGAGGAAGGCCAAAGACUGAGACCCUUAAUGGAUAGAAAUCAUAGGAAUCGUGUUGGGAAAAUAAAGAGAUCGACAAGACAAAGAAACAACCCAAACAAUCAAAAUAAUGCCGAGAAGAAAGAGAAAGUACCUAAUCCAGACCCUACAAACAAUUCCACUAGCGUCCAUUUUGCAACGUCGUUUGAUGAUACGACGGACGGCGCAAUCCAUUGCUUCAUGGAUGAAUACGGAAAUUGGAUGUCCUACACUUCUCGAAAAAAUAGUUCAGGGCGGGCGCAAGCACAACCCAUACCUUUACCAGAGAAAGAAGAUUCGAUAAAAUCAAAUAAAGCUAAAACGAGCGAUAACCCUGAUAACUCCCAAGAGACUGCGGGAGAAGGCAGUUGUGGUUCCCUAGAGUCAGAAGCUGGCAACAGCGAAAGUCUAGCAAAAACUAAACGCGGCGAUAGUAUAGAGCAAAGCUCGUCCAAUCAGGGUAGCAACAACCCACUAUUAUCUAGUAAUAACAACGUAUCAACAGUAGUUCCUAUCAAUACUAACAAUGCGAACAAGCGGUUUUAUGUGUUCGAUGGUGGGACCGGAAGCCACACAGACCAGCCAAGGUCUCCUGUUGCAUACGUGACAGAUAGCUUAUUGGAACAAAUCGAGGCGGAGAGGCAGUCGCGAAUGGGGUUUCCAAGCAUGCACAUAAACUUCCUAAUGAAUCAGCAAAGGGCUCAACAACAAGCUCAACAACAGACCGAAAGUACAUCUGUGAAUAUUCCGAGCUUGAUGCCCUCCAUAGGGGAGGAAAGCGUUGAGAUAAACAUAAGGAGCAAGUUCUCAAAACUCAUGGACGAAAUUGAGAAAGCAAAUCAACCGAAACCAAAGAGUUACUACAAAUUGAAACUGUCUAAAUGCAUGGAGUUGAAAGUGACGAUGGACAGAUUAAAACUUAUGGCGCUGUUUGACAGGAAUUUGACGUUAGAGACCUUUGUGACGAUAUUCUUGGCUAUAAUGGUAUCGGUGUUGGGCUCCAUGGUGUUAAACUUAGGAUUCUACAGGGAUAUCUACGCGUUUUGGUUUUGCUUCAUUAUGGCCGGUAGUCAGUAUUCGUUACUAAAAAGCGUACAGCCAGAUUCAGCGUCACCAGUCCACGGAUUUAACAAAAUGGUCGUAUUUUCAAGGCCUGUCUACUUUUGCCUGUGUGCUGGUAUACUUUGCUUAGUGAAUGGAUACUUAGAACAAAGCACAGUGCCAGAGGAACUGCACACGAGAAGUAAAAGAAGUUUCGUAGAAGUAAAACCUAUGACAAUAUAUGGAAUCGAAAUGAAUGAUAUGAAUUUUUUGUACAUUAUCCAAGAAAUGCUCUCUAAAUUCCUUUUGUUUUUUCCCUUGGCGUUCAGUUUGGGUCUGUUCCCUCAGGUUAAUACAUUCUUGAUGUAUCUACUGGAGCAGAUUGAUAUGCACGUAUUUGGAGGCAACGCUACGAGCAGCUUGAGCGCCGCUGUGUAUUGCGUUGUCCGAUCUCUAGCCGCCAUAGGCAUACUCUACGGCUUUGCUUAUAGUGGCCUGGUAGAAGGCAAGAAAUCUCAGCACCAGAAACAUAACAUCCUCUUUUCGAUCUUCUGCGGUCUUCUAGUUCCAAUCGCGUACCAUUUGAGCAGAAGUGCGAGCGAUUACAGUUUGAUUUGGAACUUGAUUAAAAAGCACUUACUGCCGCCAGAGUUAUACGCGAUCCCAAAUCCUGAACGUUCACCAGAUUUGGAUAAAGGUGAUCCCAACACUUUAAGUGACGACAAAAAGAACAAUUCAGAAAGUAACAUAUCGAAACAGAACUCCAUCGGCAGUUCGGCGUCUAAGAUCAACUUUAGUUCGGAGACAAACAUUGCGAAAAACCAAAAACGGUCGCAAACUUCUAGCGUGAGUUCUUUGAAGAUGGAUCCUCGGGGUGGAGACACUUUGAAUUCGACGUCUUCGUUAAAAGCCGAUCCUCCGACUGAGACGGAAGACAAAAGCCACGAAUCCAACGUAAAUAGUGCGUCUAUGAAACAUGACACUGCUGAUAAGCCAGACGAAGAUAUGGAAGACCCUCUGCCGAAGAAAUUGCAAGCGACGGUUAACGCGAGGCUCAAGAAUGAUGUGAUUGUGUGCACGUUUCUGGGGUUGUUCGUGUUUGGUCUGCAUUGUACUACGGUGUUCACGACGCUAAGACCACAGCUUAACACGGUGUUGUGGAUAAUAGCGGGUAUCCUGGGCUGGGUGCUGCACUACCUGACGCCGCAGCUGCGCAAACAGCAGCCGUGGCUGUGUCUCGCCGGGCCGGUCCUCAAGCAGCACGAGCAUGCGCAGUACGAGGUCACCGAGCCCGCCAGGAUCAUGUGGUUCGAGAAGAUGUUCGUAUACCUUUGCUUCCUGGAGCGCAAUGUGCUGUUCCCGGCGGUGGUGGUGGCGGCUACCACGCAGGACGCGCCCGCCAUCCAGGCCAAGUACGGCGACGCACUCGCCGCGCUCAUCAUAUGCGUCUGCGCACUUAAAUGUCUACGCCACGCGUAUUCAGAGCCUGAUUCCCAGUACCUGAUCCUGGUGUUCGCGGUGCUGCUGUUCCAAAUUGACCUGAGCAGCCGCAAGAUCUCGGAGACGUUCCUGGUGGACUACUUCAUCACAGCAAUCAUAUUCCACAAGGUGUACGAGUUUUUGUUGAAGAUCCAGUUCGUGGUGACGUACAUAGCGCCGUGGCAGAUCACGUGGGGCAGCGCGUUCCACGCGUUCGCUCAGCCUUUCUCGGUGCCGCACUCCGCCAUGUUGUUCCUGCAGGCGGCUGUAUCUGCGCUGCUGUCCUCACCGCUCACGCCUGCGUUGGGAAGCGCGAUAUUCAUGACGUCAUACGUGCGCCCCAUAAAGUUUUGGGAGCGCGACUACAACACCAAAAGGGUGGACCAGAGUAACACGAGAUUAUCAUCACAGCUGGAGAGAAAUCUUGGAGCGGACGACAACAAUCUGAACUCGAUAUUCUACGAGCACCUGACGCGUUCGCUGCAGCACUACUUGUGCGGGGACCUCAUGCUGGGCCGCUGGGGGCAAGUGCAGCAAGGGGACUGUUUUGUGUUAGCAUCAGAUUACCUGAACUGUCUGGUCCACAUAGUGGAGAUGGGCAAUGGUCUAGUGUCGUUUCAACUGAGAGGACUCGAGUUCCGAGGCACUUACUGUCAGCAGAGGGAAGUGGAAGCGAUAUCGGAAGGCCCUGAGGAGAGUAGUGAGGGCGUGUGCGGCGGGUGGUGGUGGUGCGGCGGGCGCGCGCUGUCGCCGGGCGCGGCGUGGGCGCUGCGCUGGCUGGCGUGGCAGCUCGCCAGCGCGCGCUACGUGCUCGAGGGCUACUCCGUCUCCGACAACUCCGCCGUCUCCAUGCUGCAGGUCUUCGACUUCCGCAAGGUGCUGCUCACCUACUACGUCAAGAGUAUAAUCUACUAUACUAUCCAAUCUAAUAAAUUGGAAGAGUGGUUAUCAUCGCCCGUCAUCGCAGAGGCACUGAAACCCAUGAACGAGAGAAACUUCGUCGAUCUAGACCCGAUAUUCAACGUGAAUUUGGAUGAAGAUUACGACUUCCGGGCAUCUGGUAUCACAAGGUCCCGGUUCUGCGCGGUGUACCUGGAGUGGGUGGGGUGGUGCUGCGGGCGGCGCGGCGGCGCGUGGCGGCGCGCGGCGGCGCGGGAGUCGGCGCUGCUGACGCUGUGCUUCGCGCUGAGCCUGCUCGGCCGCCGCGCGCUCGCCGCCGCGCAACACCUCUCCGCCUCCAGCGUGGAGUUCUUCCUAUACGGGUUACACUCGCUGUUCAAGGGCGACUUCCGGAUUACAUGCGCACGCGACGAAUGGGUGUUUACGGACAUGUCGUUGCUACAUUCGGUACUCGCGCCCGCGAUACGAAUGGCGCUCAAACUGCACCAGGACCACUUCAUGUUCCCGGAGGAGUACUGCAGCAGCGCGGCGCUGUACGCGGCGAUCUCGUCGCACGCGCAGCGCCUCGUGAUCUGCCACGAGGCCGCGCCCGCCUGGCGCCACAGCGUGCUGCGCGGCGCGCCGCACCUGCUGGCGCUGAGGCACGUGAUGGAUGAAGGCAACGACGACUACAAGAUAAUAAUGCUGAACAAGCGCCAUCUAGGUUUCCGCGUCAUCAAACUGAACCGGGAGUGCGUGCGCGGCCUGUGGGCGGGACAACAGCAGGAGCUCGUGUAUCUGAGGAACAGGAACCCGGAGAGGGGGUCCAUACAGAACGCUAAACAGGCGCUGCGCAACAUAAUAAACUCGUCGUGCGACCAGCCCAUCGGGUACCCUAUCUACGUGUCGCCGCUGACGACGUCGUACGCGGACUCGUCGCCGGCGCUGAGCUCGCUGGUGGGCGGCGCCGUCACCGCCGCCGCGCUGCGACGCGCUCUCAAGGCGCUGUGGACCAGGAUCCGUCGCCGCUGCGGCGAGGGUUGUUCGAGCGGUGCGGGUGGCGCGGGGGGCGCGGGCGCGUGCGAGGCGGGCGAGGGCGGCGCCGCGCGCGCCACGCCGCGCCACAACGCGCUGCACCUCUCCAGGACCUCGCUCGCUGGUACAAGAGGGAGUCUCGCGAGCGCGGGCAAGCCGACGUCGUCGACGCUCGCGUCUCUAGCAGGACUCCUGAGGGAACACUCGCAUGAGAGAACCCAGGAUGACUCGGCGUCAGGAACAGUAGAGAGUGAGGCGCGGCGGCGCGUGGAUGAGCGCGCCACACGCGGCGUUAGGGCCCCGCGUACCAGACCUCUGGAUGAUUCGCGACAGGCCGGCUGUCGUCGCGCGCGCCGCUCGCGCUGCAGCAGCGCCGCGCGCACGCGCCCCGCGCACGCGCCGCACGCACCGCACGCGCCGCACGCCGCCCGGCUGCACGCACACGACGACCACCAGGCAUCUACCGGCAGCAACUGGGAAUGUGGACCGCGGGACCAGCCGAGACGGGCUGCCAGCGCCAAGGUAGCGGGUCGCUGCCUGCCCAGCGCGGAGUCUUCCCUCGAGGACCUGACCCUGUCGGCAGCGGGUCUGGACCUCUCGCUCUCGCUGCCAGACUGCAAGAUCAUAGCCAACAGGAACGCAAGGCAAGCCGCCACUACCGGGUAUUUCAUGAACGAAGGGACGUCGAAAGACCUAUCGAAACUCAGCAAAGAAAUACGACACGAGCGAGAGAGCUACAGAGAACUGACCGGCCGAUAUAUAGAGAAACCGGAAUCAAUACCUCUGAAAGAAACCCACUACUCGGACCUAUCGAACAAGGAGUCGAUACUCAAAAAAGAAGCUAAAAAAGAUCCUAAAAACAAAGAGAUAAAGACUAAAAUCAAACGCUCAGAUUCGGGUCGAAGUGAGUUCAAGAUCAACGUUAGUGUGGGUAGUAAGGUGUUGAUUGUGGAGCCUCUUGGAGUGUACGAUUGCAUUAACUUGGGGAGGAGGAUCGAUGUGCAGUGGCCCUCGGAGUACCAGCGAGAGAGGGGCGGGAGGAAUUAUUGGGGCAGUUGGGUGCCAAUGGCCGGCAUGGAUGGAUUGGUGGUGCAUAAAUGGACGCCGAACCAUCGAGAUCCGAAACUCCGCUCCCACGUGGACAAGAGCAUACUUCUCAUACAAAUCGACGAUAAGUUCGUGCCCAUAGCGGAGAACUGCGUGCAGGACCUAGGCGAUGAAGUGUGAACCUUAUGCGCAAGGUAACACGGUUCUAAUUAACGUGAUAACAUAGAAUUUACGAAACGUAUAGUUAUGUAUGUAGAUGUAAAUAUGAUUUUGCGCUGAAAUUAUCAACCGUGCUUAAAUAAAUCAGUAAUUUGUUUUCUAUCUAGUUGGUAGAGUUUGAUUUUUUAUAAAUUACACAGUUAAAACUUGACUGGUCCAGAUAGUGUGUAUAGAGUAGUCCAUUUUCGGCCAAAUAAAGAAUUAACGUGCCAAGACCAUUCCUCCGAAUUUUACCGACGUUACUUGGUCAUACAUUUAUACUAAUAUUAAAAAAGGUAAAGUUUCUAACUUUGUUUGUAGGGUGUAAUCUAUGAAACUAUGGAAAUGAUGUUGAAAAUUCUUUAAUAGGAAGCUACAUUACUUUCUCACGUUGAGGCGUGGGCCAAAGCUAGUUCACUACAAACAGAAUGCUAUUUGUCAGAUCAAGAUAUAUUUUUUUAUCAUAAUAAUAUGACCACCAUUGGUAUUUGCAUAUUUACAACUACAUACAUAAUUCGUUUCAUAUCGCUACCAUAGACAAGUUCCUUUAUUUUGUGAAAUUAUCGAUAGCAAAGUAUAAGACUUAAGCCAUUACAAAUAAAAGUGGCAUCUGUUUAGUUUUUUUUUUUUUUUUAUUAUAAAAAAGGCCGUGGGAAACUUAUGAAUUUGAUUAUGAUUGAUUACUUUAAGGCUUAAAUUGGCCAUGUUUGAUGCUAUGCCAGAAUCUAUAUGUGUUAAAGUCGAAUAUUAUCGACAUCAAUGUGAAGAAAUGAAUAUUCAGUGACUAAUAAAAUGUGUGAUUUUUAAAGAGAGUUGAUUGACACCCAUUUCGAAUGAUAAAAUUAUUAUGAAGUACAUAAUACGUGUAUACUUUAAACUGUUUUGUCCCUUUCUCUCCUACAUAAAAUGCUGAGUGAAAGAGACGAAACGUUUUUGAAAAACUGAUCUAAAAAGCUUUUAAUUAAGAGGUUACAUGUAUAAAUACUCUUAUGUGACACAUUAUGAAUAUUGUAUUAAUAUUAUUUGCAUAAAAUCCAUCGUUGUAUAUAAGUACCUAACGUAAGCUUUUUUCUGACGCUACUGAGCGUACUUUGACUGUGGCUGCCUCAAAAAAAUAUUGAAAAUUAGCAUUGGUUACAUUUCUUUAUUUUUACUUUUUCUUUUACAAACAGCUACAUGUACCAUCGAAAUAAAACUAUUCUGCAGCCUUCAUGGUGAUAGGGCAAACUGACCAUGAAGGCAACAAAGUCUUCAAAACGGGAAAAAUUCAUAUAUAAAAAAAAAAAAAACAAUAAAAUCCAAAAAUAGUUCCAUUUCGAUGUCUAUCAUUGGCGUUAACAUAAAAAAUCAUUAAGCUGCAUCCACACAGUUGCAGAACAAUAAGAUAAAUUUCUGAAUUCAACGUGAAAUCACUUACCCCUUAUUCAUAUGGGUUUUUUUAUUAAGGAUGGAGUAAAGCUGCGAUAACAAGUCUGUUUCUCAGUGCUGACGGCAUGGCAGUAUUCGUAGUGCGUAGCCAUAGGGCCGUUGUGAUUGGCUAAUAUUGUUGUAUCUCAACAUAAGCCAAUCGCAACGACUCCAUGUCUGGCUGCCGUGCCGUCAGCACUGAGAAACAGACUUAUCACAGCUUUACUCCGUCCUUAGAUAAAAAACGUCUAUGAAUAAAGCGGUUAAUGUUUUAAAUUGACUAUUGAAACAGCAUUACAUAAAUGACAUCUUUCGCCUGCAUUGCCGUGUUCCAGUCGCCUGCCUAGGUCUCCCAGCUUAAAUUUACCAUUCGUACAUUCCCACCUAUAUGUCCCUUGCUUGCUCGGAGUGCUUCAUGCCGAUCGGUUUACUAAAUGCCAAUGCUUGCUAUUGUUCAAUACUUAAGAGUUAUCUACAUGACGAAUAUUGUUUUACAAGCUAUUUUUUUUUACCAUUAUAAGUAAUAUUACUGUGAAAUAACUAUUUGAGUGUCAGUAACAGUCAAAAUAAUAUUACGGUGUCCGCUUCUUUGAGUGUGAGUAGAUGUUUAGCAUUACUUUAAAUGUAAAUAAAUUUGUAAAUAAUGUAAAAAUAUAUAUAAAAAAUGUAUAUUCAUGUCUUUAAUAUAUGGUGAAACUAAACCGUACGGUAUGUAAGUAGAGACAUGUUUUUUUUUAUUUUUGUUAUUUUUUUUUUCUAAAUUCGUUUUCUCCCUUUAGUUAAGUGAAACGAUUCGCUCCCAAAUAUGAUGUUAGUCUCACGACACCAAAUGUAUGUAUUUAAAUUAUUUAUGAAUGAGAAUUAUGUAAGUGAGGAAGGGCGCACACUUGCGGAAUAAUACACAAAAAAUACACAGCUUGAAGAAUAAUUAUAUAAUUAUGCUGGUGAAUUAUGUAAGACGUUGCUCACCGUGCCGGGGCAUUCUGUGAAUGAUUAUUGUUUGAAUCAUAGUAUUGUAAAGGACAGAUUUUAAAAAUAAUUUGAAAAAAUAUUCUUAAAAACAUAAACUUAAUUUAUAGCAAUAAAUCGCACACAUAGUUUUGUAAAUGCUGAUUAUAUUCAUAUUUCUAAUUACUCAGCUUUUAUAGCUCAUAAAUAUAACUUUAUAAAGUCGAUACAAAUAUAAUAAAAUAGAAUUUUUCGUAAAUGUAUUAUCAUUUAAAAGAAUAGUAUACAUUGUACAUAGGCAUAUGCUCAUACGACCAAGGUCUUCCUGUAUACAGUAAACAAAGAUACACGCUUGUGUAUUAUAACAACAGUGUGCACUCGCCUCAAAUAACGUUAACUGUUGUUAGAUAUGUAUUAUUGUGAUGCAUUUUAUAUAUCUAUGUAUUGUGAACAUUAAAAAGUUAUGUUUUAUGAAUUUAAAAUUAAAGCGAAUUAAAUUAUCGAUGUUGAUUGUUCGGAAAUAUAAUAUGCUGAUUUCAAAAAGUCAGACAUGGUUUUCAAAUUGUGUAUUUUUCGUAAUUCAACUCUAUUUGAUGGUUUGAAAUAUUAGUUCACAUUAUAUUCAUGUCAUAUUACUAUCGUCUGUUAAUAUUGUUUUAGGGAUUUCUAGACGUUAUAGCUCAAUCAGAUAACAUUACGUUCGGUUUUCGAUAUUUUUUGUAAUUAUUUUUCUUUUAUAUUUGCCUUGAGUGUAGGAUUUCUCUAUAGACAUUAUAGUAAAUACAAAUGCAGUAUACAUAAACUUAUACGACGAUCUACAAAACCUUUCCCAUUUCUCAAAAUUGAUACUAAUUUCGAUAGAGUUCUUGAACUAUCGUUUGACAAUAUUAGCAGACGGUAAGUAGGUUUUGACGCUAUCUUUGACACUCCGUACGAUGACACGACCGUGUUUUCAUGAGAUUCGUUAGUGUUUCUGAUAUUGCAACCAAAAAAACGUUUUAAGAAAUGAAAUUUUCAUUUUUUUUUUAUCUAUGGUAUUAUUUCUUAUGAUUUUGUUCUAAUUAAUUCUCCUUCCGUCCGACCUAGACAUUUGGCCGUGAUUUAUUAAUUAUACUUUCAAUAAAAUACGUUAAUUUGAUUAAUCAUGGCAAUACAUUAGUUCAUUUCCUACCCUAGUCUGUAUUUGUCAAGAUAGGCGUACUUUAAACGUACAGAAGAGAGAAGAAAGUAUUCUAUUUGUCCAUUUACCCGUUUAUUUAAAGAAACACGAGCGAAUCCCACCAAAUGAGUAUAUAUAUUCUCGAGUUGCCUUAAUAUAUUUUAGACUGAUUUUUUGUAAUCGUGAGCGUAUCUAAGCCAAUGUGGUGUAUGGCCAUAAAUUAUAUGGUCCAAUGACAGGGCCGCAUCUCACACAGGGAAUUGGGGUCAUAAAUAAAAUUGUCAACAUUGUCAUAAUUGUCGGCAACAUGAUUUAGAGUGAUGGAGAUAUUUCAUUCACAAAUUGGUAGUGAAUUUGCAGAAUUUGGAUCUUCUUAUCGUGUUCUUAUUUCUUUUAAACUUUGAACAGAAUAACGCAGUGUACUUACAACGUGCUCUAACCGCGGCGGUGUUACACUUUGUAACUGCAAAUUUUUGUUGAUCAUAUAUAAAGAAAAUAUCAUAUUUUUCAUAUAAACAUAUCACUAGGGAAAAUAUUAUUUAGGACCAUUAAUUUGUGAAUGUAUCAGAAUUAUACGCAGGUGUGGAUUUGGGUAUAAAGUUAUAUAUAAUAGCGCUCAAUGUAUCAAUGUACUCAUUUAUUAGAUUGCAAUGUGUUAAAUGUUUAUAAAUUUAUGUCAAACGAAAGGGGGUCGUGGCCCACUACGCCUCCUGAAUCCGCACCUGUUUCCUAAUAUGUAACGUGAAGCACAACAUAAAGAGCAAUUGUUGUUAAUUGUUAAUAUCUAUGUAAAAACGUAGUUUAUAAGUUAAACGUUUCCAUUGUAUCAUUUAGUGUAGAUAGGCAGAAUCCGUCCACAUAAGUGAGAUUUCUGCAUAUGCAAACGAGGCCUGUCACCUGCGCAUACGCAGCGUGGCGCUUCAGUUCGAGGUAACAAGUGUAAUCCGCCGUCACCGUACCGUUGUGUUACGUUAUCAGAAUAAUCCACAAGUAAAAUGGUACAUGGUAUU